UCUGACUUCUCCCUAUAAAGGAGCUAUGGACCUGUUGCGCUCUGCAGCCUCCAGACACAAACUCUUUACCUGAACUCGCAAGUUUCGUUUCCUUGUUCUGCUGCAUGAAUGGAUUUUAAAGAGCUUGGAGCUGAUUGCUCGGAGGGAGACGCGGAGGACCUGGACAGCGUCAAAGCGCUGACGGAGAAGCUGAAGCUGCAGACGCGCAGACCGUCCUAUCUGGAGUGGCAGGAGCGGCUGCAGAGUCGCCCCUGGGCGGACAGACGCACCGCGGACACUGGAGCAGAUGUUUCCCUGCCCGUUUGGAAAAAGGAAAACUCUGAGCUGGUUAUAGGCAACAUCUGCGGCUUUGACAGCAUUGAUGAUGCGUUAGAGUUUCUAAGAAAAGAGCUGAGGGAGAUGCAAGAUCAGGACAAUCGUCUGGCCUGCCAGUUGAUCCGCCUGCGCGGCGAGAUCCACCGGCUGAAAGUGGAGCAGGUGUGCCACCGCCACAAGGAGAUGCUUGACGACGCCACUUUCGAACUGGAGGAGUGUGGGGAGGAGUCGGACCUGCUGUGCGACAUCCCCAUGAAGGCCGCCUUUGCUCUCUCCACACCUCUAAAACAUCUGGGCCUCACCAAGAUGAACAUCAACUCCAGGCGUUUCUCAUUGUGCUGAAAAGUGUGACUUUUUUAACCACACGGUGAAGGAUGUUCUCAUAUCCUCUGUGAUUGCGUAAGGCGUGUUAUUAGAGUUACUUCCUCUUUAAAGGCUGGUGUUGAUCCAUGUCAGAGUAUGACAUGAAUGGGGAAGUAUCUGUGUCCUCACCUGUAGAAGGCAUGCACACCUCUAGUACUGCCAACUUCCUGUCAGUCAGUCUGAUUCUGCUUUUCAUACCACGGAAUCCAGAUUUACUGGAAGAAUAAAAUAGAUAAUGCACUAUAUUGCAAAAGAAUUGAGGCACAAACCCAAGUCUCUACAUUGAAAUAGUCCAAUCAGCUCCAUGGUCACGUUUAUAAAAUCAAACAAUGAGGUAGUGGACAACUUCUACUCAUGUUUGUAAAGCAGUUUUGGAGUUUCAGGGAAUUCAAGCAUGACAUUGUGAUAUAAAAGGUCAUUUUUUUUACCUUUUCUACCACAUGCCCCAGUCAGUUAUUAGAUGUAUUCGACCAAAUUGGAGGUAUCUGAAAAUACAACAACUUAAAAAAACAUGAAAUCAUAAAUUCAGGCACCCAGUGUUCACAAGUUAUCAACUGUCUCGUAGAGUCAAAUUACAUAGAACCAUGAUUUGUGUGGUCUUCAGAUUAGCUUCUCGUCUAAGCUUCAAGAAAUAUGUUUCGAUUGAUGACCAUGUCUUUUGCCAAGUCCUACAUUAUGAAGUGUAUUGUAGGAGCUUGGAAGCUAAGUGUAAAACUCAGCGCAGCUGAAUUGUAGAGAUGUAGCCACGAAUCACGAUGCACUGUCUGUUAAGUCCUCACCCAGAGCUACUGCUUUGUCCUCCAGAGCAUGCAGCUUUGCCUAAAGCAGGACCUGUAACAUACAUCCAAACAACCUUUAGCAACCAAAGCAGAACAAACGUCUCCAGAAUCCCCCCUGCUUAAUGGAAAGAGCUGCCCUAAAGUUUUGUAGCUCGCUUUUAGGAAUCCUGCAGGUUAAAUGGAAUAGAUAUAUGUGAAUCUGGGCUACUCAUUGGGUAGCCUUGCAGCCUUGCAGCAAGAAGGUUACAGGUUUGAUUUCUCCACUGAAUUUGCAUGUUCUCCUUGAGCAUGCGUGGGUUCUCUCCAGGUACUCCUGCUUCUUCCCACAGUCCAAAAACAUGACUGUUAGGUUAAUUGGCUUCUCUUAAAUCUCCUUAAGUGUGAAUUGUUGGUCCUAUUUGUCUCUAUGUUGCCCUGCAGUAGACUGGCGACCUGUUCAGGGCUCUACCCCGCCUCUCGUCCAUAGACAGCUGGAGAUAGGCACCACAGCAGGAAUAAAGCAUAACAGAAAAUGAAUGGAUGCAUGGAUAUGUGAAUCUUUAUUGAAAAUAACCAAGUGAACAUAGCAUCUGUUCAAUCUGGAAUGGAUGCAUAUUUGGGCAGAUGGGUUGUAUAAACCAGAUCUAAAAGGUUUGCAUUUCUUUAACCAGUAGGUGAGUCUGGAGCAAAAUUGCUGGACUGCAGACUGCCAUAUUGGCAGUGGGGGUAUUAUGUUGUAGGGCUGUUCUUCAGGAAUGAGACUUGGCACAAAUGAAAGGACUUCUCCAUACUGCAACAUAAAACAAAUAACAUCAAAGUGCACCAGUGUACAGAACGACGUCCAGAAAGGAUGUUUAGUACAUUCAUGAAUUUGGUUUAAGGGAACCUGACUGACCUGCAGAGAGGCAUUGAACUAAACCCAGCAAACUCAACAAAAUGCUAUUUGGUUGAAUUAGCGUUAGACUGAGAACCAGACUGUUGGGAAAAGUUUUUCUGGAACAGAGGUCAAAUAUUUAGCUUUUGGGAAGAGAUUAUUGGUGAUUUAAGGCAACUUUAUUUUAAACGGGUCGGGGAGGGACUAUAUCAAAGGCUGUAUAUCAGGAAAGAGAUGUCAUUGAAGUUCUUGUGAGUGUGAAGGCAAUUAUCUGAAUACUUUUGGCAACACAAUGUAUUGUGUUAUUUAAAUCUGAAGUGUGUGAUUAAUGACACAGGGUCCUUUGUCAGAGGUGACGUCCCAGAUUUGAGCAGCUAUUAGUGUUGUGGGAAACUUCAAAAGGAAAGGUAAAAUAUAAUUUUCAAAGCGAAAAAAAUGAAAUAAAAGGUCAAACUUUGUCUGGACUGGUUGAGGGAUGAGGCGCCAAACAAAGUUGGAUCCUUUCAGACUGUCACAUGUUUUAAUGAAAUCAGAGAGCUCAGGAGAUGUGGGUGUUUGUUGAAUCAGAUAAAGGAAAUGCUUAGCGGGUUUCUAUACUAAACAGCUUGUCCUCACGCAGCAGCGCUCUUAAAGCCUUCAUCAGACCCCACAGGAAGCAGGAGCUUACGCUCAUGAUUUUUUUCACCUCCUCUCAUGGACCAAAAAUAUCUUUUGAGGCUCGGCACAGUUGUGACAAGAACCAUGAGUCUGUUUUGUUUCCCUGUGGCAUGUUGAGAUGCUGCAGAGCAUUGAUUGUAUAAAGCUGGCCAAGAGUUGUUUCUUUUUUUUUUAAGCAGAAAUUAACACCUUUAACAAACUGGUUUGUUUUAUAUAUACUUAACAAAUGCAUGACUGAAUAAGUUGUAUGGUAAUUAAAAAUCUGAAGGAAAUCUUUAUAAUUUUUUGUUGUUAAACACUGAUAGAAAUGUAUCUAUAUGUAUACAUAUGAGUAUAAAUGACAAUACUUUGGAUGAAUGGCUUUCUUUCUUGUACAAAAACAUCAUCAUACAUUAACUUUUAAAAAUAAGAGGAGUUCUUCAAUUAUUUUUUAACCCAUUUUGAGCACGUUAUUUUUCUGACUAUAGAGCACACCUCACUAUAAGCCGCACUAGGUUUUUGGAAGAAACUAUAAACGUACAAAUAUAGGCCGCACUGGGCUAUAAGCCGCAGAUAUCUACUGAACUGUCCUCCACCAAACCUGUAGGGGGAGCUCUACAAAUCGCUCUUUAUUUCAGCUCUGCAGGAGUUGAGCCCAGUCUCUUUGUUGGUUCUGCAGCUUUAAUGCAGCAAAUAAAUGUCAAAAUGUGUGAAAUGUGUGUUCUCAGUCGUACCUGUUGCUACCAUGUUCUUGUGCUAAAUAAAAAUUUGAUUUUGA